AUGCUGUAUUUGCUCAGCUCGCUCUACAAACAGGCACAGUCUGCACAUGCCGUCAGAAUCCAAGUAGACGGCUCGCCCUGUGAAUUUCUCCUUGUGGACGCAAACGGACCUCGGCUCACGGCAUGGCACCUAGACCUGGCCCCACGGGCCCAGCAGUAUCUUUCUGCCUGCCACAACAUGGACCGCCAGUCCGAUAUUUUGGCUUUGGCACCUCUCAAGCUAAAAAACAAAAACAGCCGGAUUGCCGUCCUCUUAAAGUCGCAGCUCGAAAUCUUGGAUGUGCUGCGGGAGGCGUUUGUUCCACGCACGGUGGUGCCGUUUCUGGAAGUCUCGGGCCAUCAGGACUCGCUUGAAAUCGACCCGCUUCUUCUUUCAUGCUCUGAGGGCACACACAGCUUCUUGCUAUUAUAUAGGUACACUGGAUUUGUCACCAUCUUCAACCUCGAGGCGCUCCUAUCAAACAAGUCCACCCUGCGCAAACGGAACCGCAAACAUCUACCAGGGUCGAAAACCUUCUCGAUCGGUAACGUUGUGGUGUCUCUGAUGGCAAUAUCCAGAAAACAAGGUGCCCCGCUCAUUGCUGUCCUAUACAGAGACAUAGACUUCAACUUCUCGCUACGUUACUACACGUUCCUGGCCGAGCUCAAGACGCUUUCCAUGGUGCGCCAAAUGGAGCAGUUCUCGGGCGCCCCCUCCCACGUGAUGGGCGUGGGGGGUGGUUUCUUGGUGGCAAGCGAUACGAAGCUUUGGUUUUUUCCUCCCCAUUCCAAGACGGUGACUUUAGCCAAUCUGGUGGGCGAUCCAAAUUUUCCUGUGUCAUGCAACACGCUACAUAAUGUCGUGACUCUCGACAUGUCUGUGAAUGCCGACUCUUACCUCGGCUCGCGCAUAGAGUGCUCCACACAGAUCGACGACAAUCGCUACUUGUUGGGCUCUGAUUCUGGCACGACAUUGUUGAUCUAUAUUGAGAUGAGUACCUCCCACUCAGUGACGACAGUGGAGCAGUUUCAGGUACUUGAUUUGGGAAAAUCCACCAUCUCAACGAACUUGGUGCACCUCGAGGACAAUGUGGUUUAUGCUGGGUCCCGAAACUCUCGGUCCAUUCUAUUUCGGAUCUUGUCUCUGGCGCCACACAUCGACAUACUCUCGUGCAUGACCAACGCGUCUCCCAUCUUGGACGCAACCUUGUGUACAAACAAGCACCGAAAAUCGCUUUUGUUGGCCCGGGGUGGCUUUCACAGUGGCGAGCUCGAAAUGGUUCUGGAUUCUCCAUUCAAGAUCGAGCGUCAGCAUGCAACCCAUGUCGAUCAUGAGCUGGCGACGUUUACUGUCACAGACAACGAUGGCGCAAAAGUUAUCAAUAUCAAAGAUGCCACGGGAAGUGUUUGCGAAUGUCUCGAUUAUCCAUCUCUCCACUCACGAUCUCUCUCACUUUGCCUGAUUGGCGAUACUACACAAGAACCACAAUUAGGACAAGGAUAUCUCGAGUCUUAUAGAAAAAACAGCUCCCGGUUUUGGGUGGUAGAUGAUCUAAGAACAAUAGAAGUUGUUGAGGGACACUCUUCUCUGGUCAUACUCCAUUCGAGUGAAACUCUCUCCAUCUCCAUGGGUGAUGUAGACCAAGUAAGCUUUCUUGAUUGGCACAAAGAGGGUGAUCUGUUGAGUGUUAUUAUUGCUCUGUGUAGCGGGACAUUAGUCCAAGUUUUGUUUACCGCAAAGGAGGCUAAGUUGAUUGGUAUGGUGCCUACAGGCUUAAAAGGCAAAAUCUCGCUUUGUUACGCUUUUGGGGACUCACAUUCCCUGAUUGUUAUGCUUGAUGGCGAGGGACUCAUAUUUCAAGUUCCCGUCUUGGAGGUGAAGGACACAACGCCAGCUUGGGAUCUCACAUCUACGCAAUAUUUGAUGGCCAGACAAAGUAGCGGAGUUUUCAAUUUGAGGCGCAGCUCCACUGGCAAAAUCCUUGUUUUCGAUGCAUUCUCCUUAUUCUUUUUGCACCCUGUACAAGAUGGAAGUUUCCGCUUUGAACUCAAAAAAUUACACACCUUCAAUUAUCGAUUGAGAACAUGUGAGAUCACGGAACUGGGCGGGACAGCUGGACUGUUGCUCAUUUUGUUUGAAGACGGCACAUUGAGUAAGUACCUGUUUGAAGAGCGACAGGGUGCCAUUGAGUCGUACAGUUCCAGCAGCUUGAUCUUGCUGAGCGUGAAUGUUUCUGAUCACUACACCGUGUCGUUACAGUUGGAUACCACACCAAAUAUGAGCACGGGCCAAAUGGACACGUUACCCUCGCUUUUGCUUCUUGAUCUGCGGUCACUAAAGCUCUUGCAUGUCUAUAAACCCCGCGAGUCCAUGAACUUUGUUGACAUGUGUUUGAUGGGCAAGGAGUAUACCAUCGAGAACAAAGCUUACAUUGUGGUUGCCAAUUCCGUUGAGAAUCCACUUGAAAUGCUUAAGCUUUUUAGGGUGGUGCUGGGGAAAAUUGAGCCCGUCUCGAAUAUAUCACUUCUGGGCAAGAUCCCCAAGAGCUUCUCGUUUUCCAAAAUCGCGUGCCACAAGAAUAAGAUUUGUAUUGUUGGUGACGUGUCUCUUGAGUUCACACUUGAAGCCACAAAAAACCCGCAAAAAGAGGUUUGGAGAGGUGAGGUCUUGAAGCAUGAUAACGCACCAUUUUUUGUUGCAGACGUCGACGGAAACGAUAGCUUCUGGGCUCUAGCUGACGCUGUUCGUGGAGUCUUUGUGGCGCCUGUUUGUGAGUCCCGCUUAUAUCCACUUUCGAAUCCUUUUGAAACGUCUUUUGCAACGGCAGUUGCUGUUUUAAAAAGCAGGCCUGUGCUUGUUUAUGGUGACUCUGAGGGCAAUAUAUGGGCUGCGGAACAAGUUGGCAAAUGGCCAGGGAGCACCGCUAGAGUCGGCAUAUGUUGUGACCUGAGCUUUACACAGCUCUUCUGGACUAACGUGCGCGAACAAAUUAACGACAUAACAGUGGUUCUGGAAAAUCCAGUCGCCAUACUUUUCGCCACAGUAAAGGGAAAUGUAUAUCGGGUGCAAGAUCUAAAGGGGACACCUGCCGUGCAAGAGUAUUUGGCAGAAGAGGUGGAAUCUCGAGGCGAAACUGCAGGAGAACUCACGAUAGACGAACGGGAGUUUAUUGAAAACUCGUCGAAUGUCUUUGAUGGCCGAGCUCUAGAACUGUUCAAUAUGGCUGAUCGCACCUGUUCUGAAGCGUUGCGGUGCGAGGUUGCGAAAUUACGUUGUGAGUCCGUUCUCUUGUGA